AUGGAAGGACUGAAGCACGGCCACGUCCGCCGAAAGGCGCAAUUCAUCAUCACGGCGGCAGUCUGCCUCGUCCUCUCCAUCCUGAUCCUACACCGGCUCGUCGACCGGCCUAACUUCACCAGCCCCCUCCCCGACCACGACCCCGCGCUCUCCUCGCCGCCGCUCGCCCCAGCAGCCUGCCCGUCGCACCUCCCCGGCGCCGACGAUAUCCUCGUCGUGCUCAAGACGGGCGCGACCGAAGCCCACGCCAAGCUCCCCAUCCACUUCUCCACCACCCUCCACUGCGCGCCGCACUACGCCCUCUUCUCCGACCUCGACGACACCAUCGCCGGCCACCCCGUCCACGACACCCUCGCCGACGUCCCCGCCGCCGUGCAGUCCGCCCACCCCGACGCCUUCGCCUUCUACCACCAGCUGCGUGCCUGGCAGCGCGCCGGCGUCAACAUCACCGCCAAAGCAUCCUCGGACCCCUCCCUCCACCAAAAGGCCUGGGACCUCGACAAAUGGAAGUUCCUCCCGCUGAUGCAAAAAGCCCUCGCCGCCGCCCCGGGCCCGCACACCAAGUGGUUCGUCUUCAUCGAGGCCGACACCGCCCUCAUGUGGUCCAACCUCCUCCGCUGGCUGCCCCGCCUCGACGCCUCAAAGCCCUGA